GUGAUAAGUGAAAAUGGAACAAAGAACAAUAAUAGCAACAAUCAGAUCAAUACAUUAUCACUGAGUGAUACAGAUGAUAAAUUAAAUGACAUUACUAAUGGAAGUAUUGAAAAGCAGGGACAAGUUAUAACAAAAGCACCAGAAGCAGAGAUUAGUGCGGAAAAAGAAAAUGAUUCAUUAAAAGACAGUAUUACAACUUCUCCGGAAACAGAUUUGUUAUCAGUGAUGACAACAAUGAUUGAUACAGCUAUGAUGCAAUCAGUUAAUCAUCCUGAACAAUUCACUGAUGAACCAUCGAUGUUAACGUUAGUAUCACAAACAUCAAUACAAUUACCAUUUGAAUCAUCUGAAACUGAAUCAAACAAUCAAACAAAGCAAUCUGAACAGUUAGAAGUCGAUAACGUGGAUGACAGCGAUGCCGCCAUUUCAUUUGACACAUCAUCAAGCAGAGGUACCGAUGAAUUUAUGGCACAAGAUGAUGGCUCAGAAAAAGGCGUUGAACAGGAUUCAACGUUAUCAAUGAUAAAUGAGGAAAGUGAUAGGGAAGAAUCAGAACCAGAAAAUGUUGACGAAACUGAAACAGUGCAGAAUGAAUUAAAAACAAAAUCGGUAUCAUUGCAAAUAGAGCAACAGCAAGAUGAAUCAGGAAGUGAUACUUCAAGUGAUAAACAAAAUGAUAACGAAGAUUCUGAAGUUGAACGUAACAAAGAUGAAAUGCAAUCAGAAAGAAAAAUUGCUGAAAUGGAUGAAAUGAUUUCUAAGGAAAAUGAUGAAGAAAAUGAGCAGAAAACUUCCGAUGAUACUUUAGAAGCACCAAAAAAAAUGAUGGAAAAAGUGGAAGAAACAAUAUCGAUUGAGGAAGAAUCAAAAGAUGCGAUGAAAAAUAUGCCUGCAACUGAUCGAAAAAAAGCAGUAAAUGCAAAAACUCCAUCUUCAAAAGUACUUUAA